GUCUUUCUAUCCACUUAAUUUAUUUUGUUAUUUUAAAAAAGUCAAAAGUAGAAAUGAUGUUAUAAAGAAUAGUGGCAAGUAGAAUAUUUAAAUAAAAUGGGGAAAUUAAUUUCAACAAUUUUUGGCAACAGAGAGAUGAGAAUUUUACUUCUAGGUUUAGACGCAGCAGGAAAAACCACAAUACUAUAUAAAUUAAAAUUAGGACAAUCAACUACUACAUUACCAACCGUAGGAUUUAAUGUAGAAACGAUAACUUACAAAAACGUGAAAUUCCAUGUAUGGGAUGUUGGAGGACAAGAAAAGAUCAGACUUCUUUGGCGACAUUAUUAUACAGGCACGCACGGUGUGAUAUUUGUAGUCGAUUGUGUUGAUAGAGAUAGGAUCAACGAAGCUAGAGAAGAAUUUCAUAGGAUUAUAAACGAUAGAGAAAUGAGAGAAGCAAUAAUAUUAAUAUUAGCUAACAAACAAGACUUACCAGGAGCUAUGAAACCCCAUGAAGUUCAAGAAAUGCUUGGCCUGACACGAAUUCGAGAUCGAAAUUGGUAUAUUCAACCUACGUGUGCUACUACUGGAGAUGGACUUUACGAAGGGCUUACAUGGUUAGUGAGCAAUUAUAAACUAUAAUAACCAUAUUGCCAGAAUUACCGAACUUUUAUAGAAUAAAAAUAAAUCAAUAAUACAACUGUUCUCUAGUGUUUUUCAAACUUUGUAACUAUCUUGAGAACAGAUUUUAUAAGGGUUAUUCUUUUCUUUUUAUCUUGUCGGCCACUAAGGAAUAUAUAGGGCUCUCUCGCAUUUUGGCAAGGUAGGUAUAGCAUUAUAAGAAUCCAAAGAUGAAAAUUGUAAAAUCAAAUUUAA